AUGCCCCCAACAUGGCGAUUAGUCGUUUAUGUCUCUCUCGCUGUCCUUACGUUCUUCUAUCUCACUCUCACUGUAACGUUCUUUUAUAUCCGACGACAUAAGAUAGAUGACUUUAAAUACCGUCCUCUUCGUUUAAAUCUCCUAAGCGCCUUUGCAACGAUCAUGCUAUGCGUAAUGUAUUGCCUACGAACUGCAUUCUAUCCGAACGAAUUUCCAUGUAUCCUCAUCCAUUGGCCGGUCCAUAUUGGAUAUUGUUUAUGGUGUUCUGCCAUUACUUGUCGCGCGCUUUCAUUCGUAUGGACUGCCAGGUUCAAUUUGGCAAAGUUACAAAUAAAUACUGUAUAUAGAAAUAAUUCAUAUGAGGGCACGUUUGAUUCCUUACGGGACGGAAAAAAGCGAGCAGUGAACGGGGGCGGGAAAAUGUAUAGAUUAGAUGUGGGUGAUAGAGAAGAAGAACCUUUGAUCCUGAGAAGAGUAAGGAAAUGGAGACACGCAGCGACCGAUAAAUGGUUGGCAGAAAGAAUCAUCUAUCCGGUAGUCGGCUUUUCCAUUGUUAUGGCGCUAAUCGUGCAAGCUUUUUCGCCCGAACUCGGUUUUGGAAAGGUUAAGACUGUUUGUCCGACGACUGCUACUUCAUCGCUUCCUAUAACCUCGGUCGUUGUAAUUUUCCUUGCAAUCAUAUGUCCCUUCCUUUGUUAUUUACUUCACGACAUCCGAGACGCUUUCGGCUUGAAGAGAGAAUUGUAUAUAGCAAUGGUCUGCGGAGCGAGCGCAUGCGUAGGAUAUUUUAUUUUAGAAUUAGUUGCUAAAACAGUGCGUCAAUAUUUUGGCAGCUUCAUGUUUUCAUGGAUUUUCUUUAUGAUCUGGCACACGGUAUCUAUUACUAUGCCACUGGUAAGGUCGUUUAAAAAGAAAGUAAUCAAUCAAACGCCAGACGCAUCUUCGAAAUAUCAGAAUUUCGUUGCGGUACUGGAAGACCCUGAUUUGUUUCCCCUGUACAAAG